AGGGGGCGGAGGGGGAGGUGGGCGUAGGGGGGAAGGGCUCAACCUUUAAUUCUGGGAUCUGUCGUCCCACGUUGAAGGCUGCCCUGCCUCCAGCGGCCCCCAAGGGUGUCACCCCUUCCAGUAGGUGGCUUCCCAUAGCCAGAGUCCGGGCCAAGGUCUCCUAAAGGAGAAAGCCGGAUUCCACAGAAGAGGCAGAGGGCACCGGCAAGUCCUGGGUACCCCAGGUUCUGGGCAGCCCAAGGCGUGUGCUGGCGUCUCGGGGUCCUGAGGGCCCCCAGAGCCACAGGUUCUGGUGGGGGGUUCCCAGAGACUGCAGCCAUUCGGGGUGGACCCUCUGGGGUCGCCGCGCCUCAUAGGGACCCGGCAGGCGGCGCUGGCGGUGGCCGCUGCCUUCCAGCCCAGGGCCGGUCGCUUUCUCGAUUUGAACAUCUGCGGGCGGGCGGGCGGGGGCGAGGAGGGCGACAGGGACACCGGGGGAGCAAGAAAGGGCGGCAAUCAAAAGAUCCCCUUGCUCGCUCCCCCAGCUCCCCUACCCCGGGCGAGAGCUGGAGGGGUCCGCCCCGCCCAGGGAGGGCGCCCGGGCCGCGGGGACUAAGGCGAUUGGCCCGGAGCCCCCCGCCCCGCCCCGCCACCAUCUGGUCGGGAUUUGCGUCCGCGGCUCCUGGCACCCUCGCUGGGGCUCGGGCCCCGCGCCCCCCGCCGCCCCCGCCCCACACCCGCCUACCUGCUGCGCCCGCGCCCCGUGCUCGCCUGCCCCGCGGGCCGCCAAGUUCGCGUUCUCUGAGCCCCGGCUGGACGCCGAUGGAACCGCCGCGAUGCUGGCCCCCCGGCUCCUGGAUUUCCAGAAGACCAAGUACGCGAGGUUCAUGAACCACCGGGUCCCCGCCCACAAGAGGUACCAGCCCACGGAGUACGAGCAUGCAGCCAACUGCGCCACCCACGCUCUCUGGAUCAUCCCCAGCAUCCUUGGCAGCUCCAACCUCUACUUCCUGUCGGACGACAACUGGGAGACCAUUUCUGCCUGGAUUUACGGCCUCGGCCUCUGCGGGCUCUUCGUGGUGUCCACCGUGUUCCACACGGUCGCCUGGAAGAAGAGCCACCUCAGGAUGGUGGAGCACUGCCUGCACAUGUGUGACCGGAUGACCAUCUACUUCUUCAUAGCGGCCUCCUACGCGCCCUGGCUGAACCUGCGGGAGCUGGGCCCCUGGGCCUCCCACAUGCGCUGGCUGGUCUGGAUCAUGGCCUCCGUGGGCACCGUCUACGUCUUCUUCUUCCACGAGCGGUACAAGCUCGUGGAGCUGCUGUGCUACGUGGUCAUGGGCUUCUUCCCCGCCCUGGUCAUCCUGUCCAUGGACACGGCCGCUCCCCCGCCGCUGGCUGAGCCCGCCACCCUCGCCCAUGAGGACGGGCCCACCAUGUUCUAUGGUACCCACUUCAUCAUGUCUCCGCCCACCAAGAGCAAGCUGAAGCGGCAGGGCCAGCUGCUGUCCGGCGUGCUGUCCCGGACGCUGAGCUACAAGUACCGCGACCUGGACGCCGCCUCCACCGGCUUGGGUGCCGGCGACGACCCCGCGGAGCUCUCCACCCAGCUCUCGGCCCCCGGGGUCUUGAAGGUGUUCGGGGACAGCGUCUGCUCGGGCACCCACUACAAGAGCGUCCUGGCCACCGGCACGUCCAGCGCCCGGGAGCUGGUGAGAGAGGCCCUGGAGCGCUACGGCCUGAGCCCCGAGCGCGCCGGCCAGUACGUGCUGUGUGACGCGGUGGGCCGGGCCAGCGGCCCCGGGCGGCAGUGGCAGGCCGAGUGCUUCCGGGUGUUCGGGGACAACGAGAAGCCCCUCUUGGUCCAGGAACUGUGGAAGCCCCGAGAAGGCUUGUGCCGGCGGUUUGAGCUGAGAAAGCGGUCAGACGUGGAGGAGCUGGCAGCCAGGGACGUGGACACCACGACGGCAGGGAUAAACGCCCAAGCCCGGAGGCUGCAGCGGAGCCGCGCCAAGGGAACCCCAGCCCUGGCCUUGGAGGGUGCCCGGGGCCCCCCCGAGCCCCGGCUGCGCCGCUCGGCCAGCGAGACCAGCCUGAGCCCUGCCGCCGCCGCCCCGGAGCCCGGCCCGGACGCCAUGCGCUACUCCCUCUACGAGUCGCCCCACCUGCUCCUCCUGCAGGGCUACAGCCAGCAGCACGACAGCCUGGUGUACGUGCUCAACCGGGAGCGGCACACGGUGGGCCAGAGGACGCCCUCCAGCAAGCCCAGCAUCAGCCUCUCGGCCCCCGACAUCCUGCCCCUGCACUGCACCCUCCGCCGGCUGCAGCCCUCGGGCCGGGAGCGGCCCCGCGGCCUGCUGGUCCUGGAGCCCAUCCCCGGGGCUCCCGUCGCGGUCAACUUCUCGGAGGUGGGCGGCCAGACGGUGGCGCUGCGCCACGGGGACCUGCUGUCCCUGGGCCUCUACUACCUGCUGCUCUUCAAGGACCCGGCGCAGGCCCAGCCGCUGCCCGCGCAGGCCCUGGCCCGCCUGCGGGCCCUGCCACACAGCUGCAGGAUGUGCGGGGCCCCGCUGCGGGCCCCGGGCACGCCCCGGCUCCGGCCACUGCGCCUGGAGUUCGAGCCCGAGGCGGAGGACGCGCUGCUGCGGCGCAUCCUGACGCUGAUCGAGCCGGGCGGUGACGACCACAAGCUGACGCCCGCCUUCCUGCUCUGCCUGUGCGUGCAGCACGCGGCCACGCGCCUCCCGCAGGGCUCCUUCGGGCCGCUCCUGCUCAAGAUCGCCCGGAUGAUCCGCGAGACCGUCUGGGAGAAAACCAAAGAGCUAGCGGAGAAGCAGGCGCACCUCCAGGAGCCCCCGUCCCCGGCCAGCUUCAGCCUGGCCAGCCUGCUCCCCGACCUGCGGCACAUCCUGGUGUGGAUGGCCAACGCCAUCGAGCUGCUCUACUUCGUCCAGCAGCAGGGCCCCGUGUACAUGCAGAGCCUGGAGCAGGAGCUGGACGUCACAGGCUCGAAGGAGUCCCUGUUCUCUUGCACGCUGUCGGCCAGCGAGGAGGCCAUGGCGGAGCUGGAGGAGGUGGUGCUGUACGCCUUCCAGCAGUGCGUGUACUACGUCUCCAAGUCCCUGUACGUCUGCCUCCCAGCCCUGCUGGAGUGCCCCCCCUUCCAGACGGAGCCCCGGGAGAGCUGGUGCCCGGCCCCGCAGCUGCCCGAGGAGCUGCGCCGCGUCGUGGCCGUCUACCAGGGCACGCUGGACCUCCUGCGGCAGUCCCAGGUGCACCCCGAGGUCGCCGCGCAGGUGCUGGCCUACCUCUUCUUCUUCUCCAGCACGCUGCUCUUCAACCAGCUGCUGGACAAGGGCCCCUCUCUGAGUUGCUUUCACUGGCCCCGAGGCGUCCAGGCCUGUGCCCGCCUGCAGCAGCUCCUGGAGUGGACCAGAAGCGCCGGCUUCGGGGAGGCCGGGGAGCACUUCUUCCGGAAGCUCUCCUGCACCCUCAACCUGCUGGCCACGCCCCGCGCCCAGCUCAUCCAGAUGGGCUGGGCAGACCUGCGGGCCGCCUUCCCCGCCCUGAGCCCCGCGCAGCUGCACCGGCUCCUGACCCAGCAGCAGCUGGCCUCCGCCGUGGGCCCCAUGAGCGCCUGGGAGCCGGCCGCCCAGGACUGCCCCGACGCCUUCCAGUCAGAGGACGUCCUGGAGUCCUACGAGAACCCCCCGCCCAUCGUCUUGCCGAGCGAGGGCUUCCAGGUGGACCUGGAGGCGGGCUGCCCGGAUGAGAGCGUCUACCAGCACCUGCUCUACCUGCGCCACUUCCUGUGGGGCCUGCAGAGCAGGCCCAGCCCCGGCGGCGGCGGGGCCUCCCAGCCCCCGGGCCCGGAGGGCCCGCACCACCCCGCCCCGGAGGGGCACCCCGAGGGCCAGAGCUGCCCCCUGGCUCCCCGGGGCCCCGGCAGGGGCACUCGAGAGGACUGCCCAGCGCACCCUCUCCCCUCACCCCGGGCUCCGCGGGCACAGGGCCCCCCAGAGAAGCAGCCAGGCCGGGGGAGCCGCGGGGGCCCCCCGCACACGGACUCCUCCUGCCUGCUCACGCCUCCCAGCACCCCGCUCGAGCCCACCCUCCCCGAGUGGCCCCACCCCGGCGGCUCCGGUGGGAAGGCCGCCCUGGACGGGAGGAGGGACGGACCAGGCGGCCUCCGAGGGGCGACGCCGGAAGGAGACCGCGUGGCCUCCGAGGACGAGCCCCCUCCGGCUCCCUCCAGCACCCAUGACUUCUGCUCCGUCUUCCUGGUGGAGCUGGAGCGAGGCCCCUCUGGGCUGGGGAUGGGGCUGAUUGAUGGGCUGCACACGCCCCUGGGCGCCCCCGGCCUCUACGUCCAGACCCUGCUCCCGGGCAGCCCCGCGGCCGCCGACGGCCAGCUGUCGCUGGGGGACCGCAUCCUGGAGGUGAACGGCAGCAGCCUGACCGGGGUCAGCUACCUGAGAGCUGUGGACCUGAUCCGCCACGGGGGGAAGAAGAUGCGGUUCCUCGUGGCCAAGUCCGACGCGGAGACCGCCAAGAAGAUCCGCUUCCGCUCUCCCCCGCCCUAGGGGCCCGCGAGCUGCUCCCGAGCGCUCGGGUGCGCCCCCUUGAGGACACUGGCCGCCCCCACCCUGUGGAUAAUGUACAUCUUAGUGUAUAUUUUAUUUAUAUGACAGAUAACACUAAGUU